AUUAAAAUCUUUAAAAAAAAUCGAUAAAUUGAAACUAAACUCAUGAUGGAUGUAAGUGGUACUGAUCCACGAACAAGAACUGGAUUAUUUUUAUGGCCAUGGGCAAGUUAUCCUGCUGUUGCAGCAAAUGCUGCUGUCGGUGCACAUGCACAACCAAUUAUGAUGGGUGCAAAUGCUGGAGCAAUGAAUGCUAUGCCUGGUUCUAAUAUGUUGAAUGUAUCAUAUACAGGUUCUGGAUCUGCUACUAUACCUGGAAUGAUUGAAGAUCCAUUUGAAAGUUUUUGUCAACGAUUCUCUUAUACUGGUGCACAUGCAGCGCAUAUGUCACAUAUACUUCCACAUCAACAUGUUGGAUUAAGUGAAACACGUCAUUUAUCACAAGAUCAUGAAACAAGUGAUAAUAAUGAUGGUAAUCGUCAUCCAAAUCAUUCACCAUCUAUAAACCAUACACGUGCACAUGUUACUUCACAUCGUCUGCUUUCUGUUCAACCUCGUGGUAAUAUUAAUCAUUUACAUCAAGACACUAACAGCACAAAUGGAUUAAAUGACCAAUUAAACGAUCCCAGUAAUAAUACUAAUAGUAAUCCAACAGCCGGUUCGAACAGUCAUGCUGCAGCGAUCGCUGCUUUUGCAUCGGCUGCAGCUAAUUCUGCUAUAAUGGGCGCAAAUGAUCCAACUUUAGGGAAUUCUAAUGGUUUAUCUUUAUCACAUGGUAUACAAGUACCGCGUCAUGUACAGUCUAGUUUACGAAAUUCCAAUACAAAUGAAAUGGUUUUGGAUAACUUAUGCAAUGGUUUUGCAAAACCUAGUCAUUUUUCAACUCAAUUACAAUCAAGUGUAACAAAUGCUUUAAAUAGGCAGCAAUCAGCGAUCACCUCGGUGAAUUGUAAUAAAUUACAAACGGAUACAAUAACUCCGUAUAAUUUACACUGUCACCAUUUGAAAAAUUUAGGUAAUCCAGCAGCUGUUGCUCUAGCCGCUGCCGCUGUAGUUGGUGGAAGUGGUGGUGGUGGCGGUGGUGUUGUCGGCGGCUGUGUUGGUACAAUUGAUCAUUCACAAUUUCAAACAACAUUGAACAACGAAAUUCGCGAUAAUUCAACACCUACAAGUAAUAAGCAUUUGGAUGAACAAAGUUCAACUAGUAAUAGUAAUAAUAAUAAUAGUAGUAAUAACACAAGAAGGUCGAAUUCAAACAAUGAUAGUUAUUCAAUUUCUCAUGGACAACAACAAUUUAUGUUUUCACCAAAAAGUCCUCUUUCUGAUUCAUUGGAAAAUCCAAAUAAAAGUGAAUCAAAUACAGGUAUUGAUCAUACAACACAUAAAUCAACUCGUGGUAAUACAAAUUUAUUGAAUAAAAACAAUAGUCGAUUAUUGUCUGGACCACAACAAGAUCGGAUUAAUAAUUUGAUUUUUAGAAAUUCUACUUUAAGAGCUACAGAAUGUUCACCGGAAUCCACAAAUACGAUAGCACCAGAUCGACAUUCAUCAGAUAUGGUCAUGGAUGAUGUAUUAACAAGUCAAAGAGAAGAUAAUAAUACAACUAACAAUAAUGUUACAAGUAGUAAUAACAACAGUAAUAAUGGUAAUGUACGAGUAGAAUCAAGAUUUCUCGGGAUAAAUCAAGAGGAAAAUCUAUCAAUUAAUGGUAUAUGUAAUGGUGAAGGUUCUUUAUCAUCCAUACUGUCUGUUCCAAAUGGUCAUACUCCAUAUCAUCCUCCAGCUAAAGGUUACAAAUGUAAAAUUUGUCAACAUGUAUGUUUUUCACGUCAUGAUUUAUCUGCUCAUAAUGCCGCCACUCAUAAACAAGAUCCUCGACCGUAUAGAUGUGAACAAUGUGGUAGACAAUUUUCAACGUGUGCCUAUCUAUCACAACAUAGACGUAUUCAUACCGGUGUGAAACCGUACGCAUGUCGUUAUUGUGAUCGUCGUUUCACUCAAUUAAGUCAUGUACAACAACAUGAAAGAAUACAUACAGGUGAAAAACCGUAUCGUUGUACAACAUGUAAACCAUAUCGAUGCGAACAAUGCUUCAUGUCAUUCGAUACAAAAGAAGAAUUAGAUGUACACGUACAAGCAAAGCAUUCGGGUAACCGAUAUGCGAAGGUAUUAGUCUGCCCAAUAUGCACGAAAAAUUAUAAUUCUGAAACAUAUUUAGCAAAACAUGUGGAUCGUCAUAAAGAGGCUGCUGCUACGGCUGGUAUGGACGGAAAUGGUUCAAACACUAAUAAUGGUAACAAUAGUAAUAACACUAAUCGUAAUAAUAACAACAAUAGUAAUAAUGUACGGAACCAAACAUGUGUGGAUAAUCUAUUUGCUGCUGGUUUCCAUAAUCAUUCAGUUGCAAUGGCUGCCGCUGCUGCGUCAGCACUUAGUCGAGGAAAUAUGAUUGAGUCAGGUUCAGCUUCGCAUAUAACCGGUAGCCGUCAUUCACAUGGGAGUGGAGGAGCAGGCGGUGGCGGUAGUAUUCAUUCACACAAUCCACACCCUUCUGCUGCUGCUGCCGCCGCUUCAGCGGCGGCGGCGGCUGCUGUCGCUGCAGCUCAUGCACAUCAAGAUUUACAUCUACGUGCUGUAGCGGCCGCGGCUGUAGCGAGUGGUAAUGGAGUAGUUGGAGUUGGUGUUGGUAAUCGUAGUGGUGUUAAUGGUGUUAGCCUUGGUAAUGGUGAUAUUGAGAAUCCAUGCGCUUUUUUUAGUCCAAAUGUAAUAUGUUCCAGUGAGACACGAGUGACUAGUUCUAAUGAGUGUGAUUUAUUACAUAAUAAAUUAAAUUAUAGCUCAAUGUCCAGUGCUGGAUUAUUUCAUCAUUUACCGGUAGGAGGUGUCCAUGAUUCAAAUGUUGAACAUUUAACCGCUGCAGCUGUAAUUGAACAACAACAGUGUCUUGCAUCACAUCGUCAUCAACAAGGAACACAUUUUACUACAGAUGAUAAUCAACAUAUAAAUUCGUUUAAUCAUUCAAAUAUCAUGAAUAAUAUAUCAUCAAAUCAUCAUUCACAAUCUCAACAACAAUAUAAUCAUCAUCAUAAUCAUCCUCAACAACAGCCACAACACCAACAGCAUAUUCACACGAAUCAACGUAAUCUUCAUUCAUCGUCAUCCUCCUCCUCAUCAUCUUCGUCAUCAUCAUCUAAACGACAGUCUAAUAUGAAAUCAUCUUUAUCACCGCAAUCAAAUCAUCGUUAUACUGAGUCACCAGUAACAAAUGAUUCACAAACUCAACAACAUUUACUUAAUUUAACACAACAUCAUUUGACAACUACAAAACAUCUUUGUUCUUUAUCCAUUGAGCCGUCGACGGUUGUGGCAUCAUCAAUGGAUUGUUAUAUUUCAACUCGGACUACUUCAACAACACCACCGAAAAAAAUGACAGCAGUGACCAAUGGUACUAAUAAUACUACUACUACUUCUACCACUAGUACUACUACUACUGCUAAUACUACUCAACAACAUUCACAUAUUCAUGCAACAAUAAAUAAUAGUAAUAAUAAUAAUAGUAUCAGUAACAAUGGUAAUAGUAAUGAUGAUACCAUUCAUAUCAAACAUUCACAUAAUGAAUCAAUGUCGUCACAGCUUCUACCGCCUCCGGCUCACCAACAUUGUUUACAACCGACUCAAACUAAUCAUUUGACUGGAUCUCAUACAUUUGUAGAAGGGGUUGAUAAUAAUGGUAGUGACGAUAGUAAUAAUAAUGAAAAAUUACCGGAAACCUCGAAUUCUACGACUAAUAGUCACUCACAACAUUAUCAUCAUCCUCAACAACUACGUAUUGGAUUAUCACAAGCUCAUUCCAAUCAAACAUUAUUACAUAAUCAUGUAAAUAAUAACUAUUCAUCAGCACCAACAUCACCAGGUGUAUUCAAUUCAACAGGUGGUGGCUUGUCAACAUCAUCAUUGGAUAAUAUAUCAACAUUUGAAGAAUUUAGUCAAGGUUUAGUGAAACUUGAUCAUAGAGAUUCUAUCAGUAAGUGGUUUAAUAAUGAUAGAAUUAAAGAUAUUAAUAAUAAUGUAGUAACUAGUAGUAAGAAUAACAAUAGCAACGAAGUCAAUUAUUGUGAUGACAAUCAUGAUGAUAAUGAUGAUGAAAUGGAGCACGUGAAUGAAGAUAACCAUGAAUCACUCAUUAAUGUAAUCAACAAUGAUAAUGCUGACACUUCAACAAAUAAUAAUAACAAUAAUAGUAUUAAGAAUGAUAUUAAUACAUCUAAUCUUAUGUAUGACUUUUUAUUUCAUGGAAAUUCAAAUAUUGAUGAUAAUGAACAAAGUGAAACAAUCAAUAAAUCAAAUCACCAUAUAGAAAUUAUUGAUACCCAUGGGGUUGAACGCGAUGAACAGCCCGACACUGUGUCCGAUUGUGUUUUGAAUUACGAAAAUCAUUUGAGUAAAGCUGAAAAAAUCAUAUUUAACGUUGAAGAAUCUCCACUCAAUGGAAAUCAAGUCUGUCAACCUAUAUCAUCAUCAGUGUCAGGAACAAAAUCAAUAACAACGGGAUCACGAUCAUCAGUUUCAUCGCAAAUUUUAACACAACGACUAAUAACAUCCGUGGAGACCAAAUCAUGUAAUGGUAACCUUCAUAAUGGGAUACCGCUAUCAAGGUCAUCAUCGUCAUCAUCAUCAUCAUUAUCAUCACCAGGAAUCGAGCCUAUUAGAACUGAUGAUGUGACUUCAAAUACAUUGAAACAUGGACAGUAUACUUGUCAGUUAACCAGUGACAAUAGUGAACGUAAUGCACUUGAUAACGAGUCUAUGUUAAAUCUUCAACAUGAAUCAUCUAACUCACAUGACGUCAAUGAAACCGAUGAUCAACAUAUUAUGUCUAAUAAAUUAAAAUCAAUCGAUAUGGAACAAUUAUUCCCCAGUAAUAAUGAUAAUAAUAACGAGGACAUAACUAAUUUAGAUAACCUUAACAUUAAUGACAAAAUUAUCUGUGAGAAUUUACAACUGAAUAAUAACACUGAUACAUCUCUAAUGAAUCAUCGUUCAUUGAAACGUAGUUUAUCCUCAAACGACAAUUACCAACAUAAUCGUUUGAAAAAUCGUCAUCAUCAAACAGAAAAUCAUGAUAUGGAGAAUGGUGAGGAAUUCUUGACUAUAUCAUCAUCAUCAUUACAUCAUAAACAUCAUAAUAUUAUCAAUAGUAGUAAUGAGAAGAAUUCAAUGAACAUGUUAUCAUUAACAUCACCAGCGAAUAUAUGUGAUGUAGAUAAUGUUGAUCAUUAUGGUGAUGACGAUGACGAUGAUGAUGGUGAUGGCGAAGAUGUAGAUAAUGACAUUGAUGAUAAGAAUACUGUUUUUGAUGAUAAUGACAAUGUUGAUAUCAAUCAAAAAACUGUUGUAAAUAAAACCAAUGAAAAUAAUAACAAUGAUACUGUCGGUUGUAAUGUUGAUGAUCAUCUACAAGCAAUGUAUCAUUUAAAAUCAGAGUUCAAUGAUCAAACUCCAUUUUAUUUAGGUGAAAAAAGUCAAUCAGAAGAAACUGUAGAUCAGAAUUCUUCUUUAUCGUCAACAGUUAUAGAAAAACAACAUUUAGAAACAAUGAAUUCUAGUAAACGAAGACGUCGACAUCAGUACACACCACAACAUUUGCCUGUGUUUGAAAUUAACACAAAAGAUACAGUAGAAAAAUGUAAAAAUAAUAAUACUAACAGUACUACUACCACUGCUACCAAUACUAUUAGUAAUAAUAACAACAGUAAAAAUACACAUGCUACAGUAAUUGCAGGCUGUUUUACAAAUCGUCGUAAUAAAAAUGGUCAUAAUAUUUUAGAAAAUGGUGAUAGUAAAUGUUUAAAGAAAGAAAAAUUAAAUGAUAAACCCAAUACAAUAGAUAACAAUAAUUUUAACAAAGAUGAUGGUAAUCUUAGUAGUAAUGAUACUAAUAAUAAGUCAACAAAUAGGGAAUGUUAUUUUCCUACUUUUUAAAUAACAUUUGUUUAUUUUAUUGACAUGAAUAGAAGAGACUGUACAGUUUGAUUGAUAUAUGAGAGUUUCGGUUCUUGGAAUAUUUACUAAUUGUUAUCUCAAUUCAAAUUUUAAACAUUCUAAUAUAUAUAUAUAUAUAUAUAUAUAUAUAUAUACGCUGGUUUUGCUUUAGAUUACAAAACAGAUGACCCCCUUUCCAUAAAUCCCAUACUUUUUUAACGUGCUACUCUAUUCAUUUUUCUUUUAUUCACUAAAAUCAUCGAAUAUCCCGGUCAUAAAUAUGCUUUUUUGAUUCGUCUUAUAGAUUAUUAUUGUUGUUAUUAUAAACGUUAAUAAGACUUUAUGUCAUACAAAAAGAUAUUUAAAUAGAACUUUCUUACACAUUUCAAAGGUGGGGACAGUUUUUUAGUUAAAGUAUACUACUUAUCUAUGUUUAAGUAGGUCAACGAACAAUGUAAAAAAUAUCGCUGCUUGUCAGUACAUUUAAUUGUGAUUUGGUUUAUCAUCAGUUUUAAUCCCUAUUUUCACAUAUUCAUGCGCAUAUUUCAGAAUUACCAAUAAAACAAAUGAAAAUUAAUGGGAAUUAUUUUUUCAUAGCCUUGAAUAAACAAACGAGUUAUUACUAUUAUUGUUCUUAUUAUUAAUAUCAUCAGAUUAUUAAAUUUCAUCAUACCUCAUUUCAUAAAUAAUUAUUUAACUAAUAGUGUAACAUAUUUUUUGUUCAUUUUCAUGACAUUACGCAUACACAUUAUACCGGUAUUUCAUUGAACUAACAACGUAUGGUACUUUUGUGCACUUCACCAAAUUUGAAAUAUAAAUUAUUUUUAAAGCAAAAUAUAGUUUAUCCUUUAUACGUUCAACCGAAAUUGGAAUUGGCUGUAAAGUGAAGAAAUGAAAGUCAUAAAAUUUUGGAUAAGAUUUGAGAAGAUUAAAUGGAAAUGGAAAACGAACUCCAGAACAAGGAAUAAUAAGGAAACUUGACCCUUUCUCUCUUUGCUAAAUGACAAAUAAAAAAGGCAUUAUUUAAGAGAAAAGAUCUAUCAUAUUUUUCUACGCUUCAUUUCUUAUAUAUAUCUUAAGAACAACUCGCAGUUUGCCAUUACCUUUGAAAAUAUGUACACGUAUAUAUGUGUACUCACGUGCUAAGGAAAUUUAUUUUUGUUUACGGAUUACUUUACAAUUUACUGAAGGAGUAGUAAAAUGAAAAGAAUUGGAAUUAGGUUACUUUGUGUUUAUUUGAGUUGCUCUUCACUCUGCGCACCACUAACCCACUACCGAUAUUUAGUAAUAACUAUAGUGACUGUUUUUUGUCAUUUACUAUCUUAUCAUCAAGAGUAGCAUUAUCAAUAUUGUAUUUGUCACGAUAUGUUCGGAUUUACUGUUUCAUCACAUUCGUAUUGUCCUUACUAUCCCGUCCAGUUGAUAAUAUUUAUCUUUAUUGAUCGCAUAAUACAUUUACGUAUACACAUUAAAACAUUGAAAGUAAUCUAAAGUCAUCUUACCAGUAAAAUGUUGAAAAUCUUACUUUAUACCAUCUGGCAAUAUACAAAUCAUGUAUGUGUUAUUUUAUAUCACAAAACCAUUGUCCCUCCUCUCUCCAUCAGUUGCUCAUCUGUAUGUCGAUAAGCAAAAACCAGCCUUAAAAUCAAACGAUCAAUGUAAAAAUGUUUAUUUCAACCGUUUUUUUUAAUUUACUUAUAAUGAAUGUUGUGUUUGAGUAAAACAAGUAGAACAAUGAUCAUUAUAAAUUAAAACUGAAAAUACAUAAAGAAUAUUUAUUAGAAUGGUAUGAUGAUAUUUUGGCUAUAAUUAUUGUCAUUUGUAUGAUAUUGUAUUUUGUUAAAUUUCAGUCUUAAUAAUAUUAAUGCAAAGUAA